CGUAAACUCUCUCCAACUUCAAAAUUUUAUUUUACAAUCUCUGAGUUUUUCGUUCUAUUCUUGACGAAAAUACGAGAAAAUGGCUUCUUCGGAGUCAGGAGCGGGAAAAAGAGUUCCUAAAGUAGCUAAGGUGAAGAACAAAGCCCCAGCUCCUGUUCAAAUCACAGCAGAACAGCUUCUGAGAGAAGCAAAGGAGAGACAGCUUGAGAUUGUAGCUCCGCCACCAAAACAGAAAAUCUCAGAUCCUGAUGAGCUUGCAGAGUACAAACUACGAAAAAGAAAGGAGUUUGAGGAUACCAUUCGUAAAAACAGAUCUUCAGUUUCCAACUGGCUUAAAUAUGCCCAAUGGGAAGAAAGUCAGAGAGAAAUUGAAAGGGCCAGGUCUGUGUAUGAGAGAGGUCUGGAUGUUGAUCACAGAAAUAUUACAACCUGGCUGAAAUAUGCUGAAAUGGAAAUGAGACAUCGGCAAAUCAACCAUGCAAGAAAUAUCUGGGACAGGGCUGUCUCAAUUCUCCCAAGAGUUAAUCAGUUCUGGUACAAGUAUACUUACAUGGAAGAAAUGCUCGGAAAUGUGACAGGUGCAAGGCAGGUAUUUGAGCGAUGGAUGGAAUGGGAGCCAGAAGAACAGGCAUGGCACUCUUACAUCAACAUGGAGUUACGUUACAAAGAGGUGGACAGAGCUAGGGAAAUAUAUGAGAGAUUUGUACUUGUGCACCCAGAGGUUAAAAACUGGAUCAAGUUUGCAAAGUUUGAGGAAAGACAGGGGGAUUUAACUAAAGCACGGCAGGUCUUUGAAAGGGCUGUUGAAUUCUAUGGUGAGGAAUACAUUGAAGAAAAACUUUUUCUUGCCUUUGGAAAAUUUGAAGAAAACUGUAAAGAGCAUGACAGAGUUAGAGUAAUAUACAAGUAUGCACUGGAUCAUCUACCAAAAGAACAGUGUCAGGAACUCUACAAAAACUACACACAGCAUGAAAAAAAAUAUGGUGAUAAGGGAGGAAUAGAAAAUGUUAUCGUCAGCAAAAGGAAGUUCCAAUAUGAAGAGGAAGUCAAGAUCAAUCCAACAAAUUAUGAUGCCUGGUUUGAUUAUCUUCGCUUGAUGGAGAAUGAAGAGGAAGUUGAGGCUGUACGUGAUAUCUAUGAAAGGGCUAUCGCUAAUGUUCCCCCUGCUCCUGAGAAAAGGUUGUGGCGUCGUUAUAUCUAUCUGUGGAUAAAUUAUUGUCUCUAUGAAGAACUCAUAGCCCAGGACGUGGAUCGUACAAGACAAGUUUAUCAAGCUUGUCUGGAUCUCAUCCCACACAAAAAGUUUACGUUUGCCAAGAUGUGGCUGCUCUAUGCACAGUUUGAAAUCAGACAGAAAAACUUGAAGGCAGCAAGACAGGCCUUGGGAACUGCUAUUGGUAAAUGUCCAAAAGACAAGUUAUUUCGUGAAUACAUUGGUCUAGAACUUCAACUAAGAGAAUUUGACCGCUGUAGAAAGCUGUAUGAGAAAUUCCUGGAGUUUUCCCCUGCUAAUUGUACCACUUGGGUUAAGUUUGCAGAGCUGGAAGCUAUUUUAGGAGAUGCUGAUCGAUGUAGAGCGAUCUUUGAACUAGCAGUUUCUCAACCACUACUUGACAUGCCCGAGGUGUUGUGGAAGGCAUACAUUGACUUUGAGAUCAACCUAGAAGAAUACGAUAGAGUACGUGACCUUUACGAGCGACUGCUACAGCGAACCAACCACGUCAAGGUAUGGAUUAGUUACGGACAGUUUGAAUCAUCUACAGGUGCAGAAGCAUCAAGAGAACAAGCCAGAAAUAUCUUCCAACGCGCAGACAAGCAUUUGAAGAACACGAGUAACAAAGAAGAACGAGUCAUGCUGCUGGAGGCCUGGAAAGAUUUUGAGGACGAAGGUGAUGAUGAAUCAAGUAAACAGCUCGUCAAGAAUAAGAUGCCUCGACGAGUCAAGAAAAGACGAAAGGUUCAAAGCGACGAUGGGUCUGACGCAGGAUGGGAAGAAUACUACGACUACAUAUUUCCUGACGAUCAAGACAGCUUACCCAACUUCAAGCUGCUACAGAUGGCAAGAAUGUGGAAAGAAAAGAACACGACUAAUGCCUAACGUUCAGACACGUACCUUAUCAACGUUUUUCACCUCAUCCUCCUCUUUUCCGCUUCAGACCACGUGUCAAUCUCGUUGGUCACAGAGAGCCCC